AUGGAGCCUGAAAAAAUUAAAUUUAUUAAAAGAGGUUCACAUAAAGGAAAAGGUUUAGCAGUUUUUACAAGUGGUGGAGAUUCUCAAGGUAUGAAUGCAACUGUUAGAGCAGUUGUUAGAAUGGGAAUUUAUUUGGGUUGCAAAGUUUAUUUUAUUAAAGAAGGAUAUCAGGGCAUGGUUGAUGGCGGUGACAAUAUUGUCGAAGCCAACUGGUCAUCUGUUUCCUCAAUUAUUCACAAGGGUGGUACUGUAAUCGGUUCUGCAAGGUGCAGUGAUUUUAGAGAAAGAGAAGGAAGGUUAAAAGCAGCCAAAAAUCUUGUUUUAAAAGGAAUUAGUAAUUUAGUUGUUAUUGGGGGUGAUGGAUCACUGACAGGUGCUAAUUUAUUUAGACAAGAAUGGCCUUCACUAUUAGCAGAACUUGUAAACACUGGUGAAAUUCAGCAAGAAGCAAGUGAUCAGUAUAGCCAUUUACACAUAGUUGGAUUAGUCGGUUCAAUUGAUAAUGAUUUUUGUGGAACGGACAUGACAAUCGGAACAGAUUCAGCACUUCAUAGAAUUGUCGAAGCUAUCGAUGCGAUCGCUUCGACUGCUUAUUCUCAUCAGAGAACAUUUAUUAUGGAAGUAAUGGGAAGACAUUGUGGGUAUUUAGCCCUAGUAACAGCUCUAACGAGUGAAGCUGAUUAUGUAUUUGUUCCUGAAAGUCCACCUCCAAAUGAUUGGCCCGAGAAACUUUGCUCCAAAUUAGAACAGAUUGGCCAAUUAAAUUAUGCAGAAAGACAAAUCGGACAACGGUUAAAUAUAAUUAUUGUUGCCGAAGGAGCCAUCGAUAGAGAUGGAAAACCAAUAACAGCGGAAAUGGUUAAAGAAGUUGUUGUUAGCAAAUUAAAACAAGAUACGAGAAUAACCGUUUUGGGUCACGUUCAACGUGGAGGAAAUCCAUCUGCUUUUGACAGAAUUUUGGGAUGUCGGAUGGGAGCUGAAGCUGUCAUGGCUUUAAUGGAAGCUCAACCGGAAACGGAAGCUUGUGUUGUUUCCCUCGAUGGUAAUCAGGCUGUGAGACUACCCUUAAUGCAAUGCGUUGAAAAGACAAAAGCCGUCUCUAAGGCAAUGGCAGAAAAAGAUUGGAGUAAGGCUGUGGAAUUGCGUGGGAGGAGUUUUCAUAGAAAUUUAGAAAUUUAUAAAAUGUUAACAAGAUUGAAACCUCCCACUUUAGAUGAAAAUAAAAAAGAUCAAGGAGGUUUAACUUUGGGUGUUAUGCAUAUCGGAGCACCGGCUUGCGGAAUGAAUGCCGCGGUGAGAAGUUUUGUACGAAAUUGCAUUUACAGAGGAGAAACAAUUAUGGGAAUCCACGAUGGCAUCGAGGGUCUAUGCAACGGAAACGUUCAAAAAAUGACUUGGGCGGAUGUCACUGGUUGGAUAGCAUUAGGUGGAGCUAUGCUAGGAACUAAAAGAACAUUGCCGAGUAAAAAAUUUCCCGAAACUGCUGCCAAGCUUAAAGAAUUUGGAAUUCAAGGAUUGCUGAUUAUCGGUGGAUUCGAGGCAUAUCAAGGUGCUUUGCAGUUGUACGAAAAUAGAGACAAAUAUCCAGAAUUUCGAAUACCUAUCGUGGUUAUUCCAUCGACCAUAUCGAAUAACGUUCCCGGAACGGAUUUCUCCUUGGGGAGUGAUACUGCUUUGAAUGAAAUAACCGAAAUUUGCGACAGGAUUCGUCAAUCUGCUCAGGGAACCAAACGACGAGUUUUCAUAAUUGAAACAAUGGGUGGUUUUUGCGGAUAUUUAGCCACACUCGCAGGUUUGGCUGGUGGCGCCGAUGCUGCGUACAUAUUCGAAGAGAAAUUUUCCAUAAAAGAUUUACAACAAGAUGUUUAUCACAUGGCAUCGAAAAUGGCCGAAGGAGUUCAAAGGGGUUUGAUAUUAAGAAAUGAAAAAGCCAACGAUAAUUACAAUACGGAUUUCAUAUACAGAUUAUAUUCGGAAGAAGGAAAGGGACUGUUCAGCGCCAGAAUGAACGUUUUAGGACACAUGCAACAGGGUGGUUCGCCCACUCCUUUCGAUCGUAAUUUAGGUACCAAAAUGGGCGCGAAAACGGUCGAAUGGAUAUCUCGAAAAGUGAAAGAAUCUUUGCAACCGGAUGGAACGGUUUGCGCCAACACACCAGAUUCUGCCGUGCUUUUAGGUGUCAUUCGGAGACAAUACAAAUUUACACCUCUCGAGGAAAUCGUUUCGUACACUAAUUUCGAGCAAAGAAUUCCGAUGGUCCAAUGGUGGCUUCAUCUUAGACCCUUAUUAAGAAUUCUCGCCAAACACGAUAGUACAUACGAAGAAGAGGGUAUGUACAUGACGGUCGAAGAAACAAGUGAAGAUAAUCCUUUAAUUUAA